UUUGUGCCUUGGGAGGUUGAUUACAUACAUACAUACAUACAUACAUACAUAUGUACAUAUGUACUUAUUUAAACCUGCUGAGGUUGUAACCCAUUAGUAACUUGGCAUGGCGCAUGCUUUGGAGUUGUUGCUAAUAUCUCUCCCUAGGUACUCCUUCUUCCUUUAUGUUAUGGGAACCACCGCGAUGAAGGGUUAGGUCCUACCUUGUUUGUGGAUGCUGCGGAGAACGAGAUCAUCAACCAGUUUCUUCCCGGCUAUACCUCUGUAACCGAGCACCUAGAAGAGGUGCAUUUAGUUACGUUCCGCCAGAGAUUGCUUUAAGUGCCGCUUGACUAUCGCUAAGUAUGGUUAUACGUUCUUGCCUUAAAGGGGUUUUCUCUAUGCAACGACUUAAGACUUCUGCCUGAAAAAUGCUCGGAAAACUUUCCAUAGGUAUGGAGAGUUUUGUGCGUGGUCCAGCGACUCCUGCACCAAUUCUCUCCGACGUUUUCGAGCCGUCGGUGUACCACUUGAUUGUACUACCCCUAAGCAGGAGCUCGAGAGGGGAAUCGUUCCAUUCAGCCUUGCUGCUAAGAGUCACCUUGAACUUCUUGGUGAAGUUUACCCUGUUGGUAAUGCUGCCCCUUGGGAGAAGAGCCAAUGGUAUUACACCACUUAACUCUUUCAUUCGCUGGAAUGAGAUUACCAUAUCUCUGCCACACCCUUCUGCUGUCCUUUGGAGCAGUGCAUGUUUGGCUGCCUGACCGAUUACAAGGUGAAGUGGUAAGAGCUCAAGCAUGAAUUCAAGUGCUGCCGUCGGACAAGUGCCCAUUGCAGCCGACAUGCAGAUACAUGCAAGUCGUUGCAGCUUCCUCCCAAAAGUUGCAGCUUCAAUAGUUGGAGCCCUACCGAAGUAUGCGAAGCUUUUGAAACCCAAGCCACCGCCCCAUACGUGAUUAUUGGUCAUCAUGUAACAAUCCUUGGCUUGCAGCCUCAGGGUUUACCAGCUAGUCGAUUGCACUCCACUAGUGCAUCAGUCGCUUUUACUAUUGUCAAGUCAACAUGCUGCUUCUACCGCAGAGUGGAAUCCAGCGUAACCAAGGUAUUUGACUAUAUUGGUCAUAUCUACCUCUUUGCACUAAGGCUUAGGUUCUCGAGCCGGGCAAGGACCAACGUCUCUUGAAUGGGAUGAUCAUCGUCCUAGAUGGGUUGAUCUCAACUCCACUGGACCAUCCUUUCUUCCUCUUCUUUACUGGCGUAGAAAACGCUUACGCAUUGUAUCAAAUCGCAGAGUACAAACAUACUUGUCGAAGCUUAAGCAGAUGCUACGGUCAAAAAAACCCUGGAGACUAAAAAUAUUUGUGCUAAUGACUUUGGGUGCACCAGGUACAGGGAAAAGUAGUUUAGUCUUAACUUUAAACAUUAUGGAGCAUGGAGAUCAGGAUUCUACUGUCAAGGAUCCAGCCGGAACGGACUAUCUUUAUUUUGCUUUGACCGCGAGUGAUUGCGAGGUGUUAUAUUAGAAAAAUCGAUUUGUGAUUCGAGUGUUAUUUUUGGAAUAGAAAGAGGGCAGUUGAAUCAAAGAGCGCUUGAAUGAUAAAUGCGGUGAAUAUUUUCAUUCGAUAGCGACCGUCAAAAAUUGGAUAAACUAUCGCAAACCUCUUUCGCGAAGGAUACCUUGGUUAUGAGAUAUCUGAGACAGUAGAUAUCUCAAAAGACCGGGUGGGUUGUGACCGUAAGCAUAGACCCACUGGUAGUAACAUACACACCAGAGACCCAAGAACAGUCGCAGCAGUGGUAUUCAUCCGUCAAACCUGCUUCGAAGAAGGCGAAGACUUGGAUAUAUGCCAAACAGCUAGUAAAGGCAAAACGAUCACAUAAAUCUAAGAAUUGUAGACAAUAGUAAACAAUAAAUAGUAGCGAGUAAAGAAUAAUCUUCUCUCCAGUAACUCUCCAUUUAAAGAACAUGUUACAAUCAUUACGGUUAUUGCAGGGAAAAUAAGUUAAAUAAUUGAAAUUGGUAACCUUAUUUUUGACAUUCUGCCCCCAGAAUUUCCAAUGUUUCCCUUCGUGAUAGGUUGGCAUUAAUCUGCUUAGCCAUGCUUGGUUUGUAUUGUUUAUAGACACAUUUUCAAAUUUUAUUCAAUGUGUUUUUGUAACAAUUUCGGUUAAAAAAUUCAAAAUCAAUUGUGAAAAAUUUGUGUAGAAAAUGAAACUUACAAUAAAAAAUUUAGACCACAAGAGUUUCGUAAUCAACACCUACGGCUUGAAAACUGUUUCCGAUUUAAAACGUAAACUCUACAAUGUAGCCGUUACAAAUCUACUACCCGAACGACAACAACUCCUCUAUGCGGGACGCGUCUUGAAGGACAACAAAUUGCUCUCUUCUUACUCCAUAGAUGAGCGUAAGUUUUUAUUGGUCAUGGCAAGAAAGCCUUGGAGAACGUCGAACACUGGUGAAAUAAUGCAACAAACCACCAACAAUAAUAACAGUAACAACAAAAACAAAUUGAUGACAGAAAAAGCUGGGCAAAAGCCCGUAACCGUUGGGCAAGGCGACAAAUUAAAUAACAAUGGAACAGCAAAAGAAAUGAAAGAGCAAAGAAGAGUCCGUAUAAAGCACAUUAAAAAGAAGCGAAACACCAAAAUUUUGAUGGCCAAAAGUUCGAUCAAAUUAAAGGCAUCCAAAAGCGUUGCGAAGAAAAGACAUAAGUCACAAAAUAAAUUUAAAACUAGAACAUCUUCAAGCGCUUCCUUGUCGCACGAAGAUAGCCGAGCAAACAAUAAAACACGACAGGAUUCAGCAAGCUCUACAGAAUCAACCGAUUCGAAGCAAGCACGAUGUCGAUGUCGAUGUCAUAAAGUAAAAAUAACAACUAACAACAAAACAAUGAAGUCAACAAAAUCCUUGCUGAGCACCAACAGAUUGCGCAUAACGAAGAACGCCAGCAAAAUGCAGGCAACGAAGCGAAAAAUAUUGAAAAAAUCGACACAACAGCAAGUUUGCGAUGAGCACGUACUGCGACAAAUUGUGGCGAUGGGCUACAGUGAGGAUGAUGUGCGACGCGCUCUAGUCGCUAGCUUCAACAAUCCCAACGAAGCUGUCGAUUACCUUAUAGAGCAGGUGCAAGAGCGCGUCGGACACCGAACCGCAGUAAAACAGCACCAGCAACAGCGGCGGCCACAAACCGCGAAUCAGCACAAAGCUAAAACAACGGAGCAGACGAAGCUCAAUCAAGCGAACGCCCUGGCAUUUCUGCGACAAGAUCCAGACUUCAAGAAUCUGCGACGCCUUCUGCGUAAGCGGCCGAACGUGCUGCAGGACGUCAUAAGGCGUAUCGAUGAAACCCAGCCGGAGUUGUUGUUAAUGCUGAAGGAGCAUGAGAGUGAGUUUCUGCAGUUGUUGCACGAAAGCAGUGCGGAAUCGGAGGAUGAGCAGUGCAGCCAUUGCAACUACAAUAACAUGCACAUCUCGCCGGAGGAGGAGAAGCACAUAGCGCGUUUGGUGCGCAUGGGUUUCAAACGUCAGAUGGUGAUCUUAGCCUUCAUAGCUUGUGAUCGUAAUGUCGAGAAGGCUGUGGACUAUCUCUGUCGAAUCGAUGACAUACACAUUUGAGCGCCGCGCCGUUGAGAUUUUGCAAGAAGUCAUCCAAGAGAUACACAACUUCUUCGUCGAUUAAUGUGGAAUGGAGAAGGUACCAUUUUCUAUAAGAGAGUGCCACUGCUGGCCUACGGCGAUGAUAUUGAUAUCAUUGACCUCAACAGCCGCGCCGUUAGUUCUGCUUUCUCCAGAUUGGACAAGGAAACAAAGCAAAUGGGUCUGGCAGUGAACAAGAGCAAAACGAAAUAUCUCCUGUCAUCACGACGAUUGUCUGCGGCUUGGCUCCCUCAUCACUCUUUACAGUCAUAACUUCGAUGUCAUAGACAAUUAUGUCAGCCUCGACGCAUAAUAACUCUUACUAACAGGGGCUAUUUCGGACUGCGUAUGCAAUUGCCGAACAAGACCAAACUCUACAAGUCACUCCUCAUCCGCUUCCUGCUAUAUGGUGCAGAGGCAUGAACAAUAACAACAUCUGAUGAGUCAGCAUUAUAACUUUUCGACUGAAAGGAUCUACGGAGAAUUUAUGGUUCUUUGCGCUUGGGCAGCGAUGAAUACCGCAGUCGAUGGAACACGACGGCAUAGACAUAGUUCAGCGAAUUAGGAGACUACGGCUACGCUAGUCGCCCGCAUGGAUGAAAACACUCCAGCUCCGAGAAUAUUCGACGAAGAAUCCGCCGGGGGAAGCAUAGGAAGAGCUCUACUACGGUGGGAAGGUCUGACAGAUAGAGACCUGGCUACGCCAAACAGCGAAAAGGAAGACCGACUGGCGCGCUGUUGUAAACUCGGCUAUAACCAUGUAAGCGGUGUCUACGCUAAUAAAAAAGAAGAUCCAAGAAAUCUAGAUACGGGAUCAAGGAAAUCCAAAAUUUUGAAAACGAUUCGCCGAUUAUUAAAGUAAAUUUUGUUAAUGAAAUUUUUUUUAUUUAUUUAUUAAAUAAUAUGCCACUCCGAAAAAUUCUAAAAAAAAAGGGG